AUGUCUCGUCCCGCCGCGCUGUUUUCCAAGAUCACGAUUCGGCUCCGAAGCAGCAAGGCUCCCAUCACCCUGCUUCCCGCAGCGAGGAAAACGUAUAGCGCCAUGAGCGUGAGCGGCAAGCUGAAGCCCGCCGAGAGGGUGCGGAGCCACAAGCAGGAUGUCUGGUCCAUCAUCAACGAGGCGGCGGCGGCGUCCCCGAAGCAGCCCAUUGUCAACAUGGGACAGGGCUUCUUCGGCUACAACCCGCCGCCCUUCAUCCUCGACGCGGCCAAGGAAGCGCUGGAUCGGGUCGAGUGCAACCAGUAUUCGCCCACCAAGGGUCGUCCUCGCCUCAAAAAGGCCAUCGCCGACGCCUACUCGCCUUUCUGGGGGCGCGAGAUCGACGCCGAAACCGAGGUGACCAUCACGACGGGCGCAAACGAGGGCACGUGUCUCGCAGGCAUGCUGAGUGCCUUCAUGGCCUUUAUCGAGCCCGGCGAUGAAGUCAUCGUUUUCGAGCCCUUUUUCGAUCAGUACAUCAGCAACAUCGAGAUGCCCGGUGGCAAGGUCGUCUACGUGCCGAUGCACCCGCCCGAGACGGGCGCGACGAAGACGUCGUCGGCGGCCGAUUGGACCAUCGACUUUGACGAGCUCGAGCGGGCCGUGACGCCGCGGACGAAGAUGAUUGUGCUCAACACGCCGCACAAUCCCGUCGGCAAGGUCUACUCCAAGGAGGAGCUGCAGAGGAUCGGCGACUUGUGCGUCAAGAACGAGAUCCUCAUCCUCUCGGACGAGGUCUACGACCGGCUCUUCUACGUCGACUUCACCCGCAUCUCGACCCUCUCUCCCGAGAUUGGCCGUUUGACGAUGACGGUCGGCUCGGCGGGCAAGAACUUUUACGCCACCGGCUGGCGCGUCGGCUGGGUCAUGGGUCCGGCCGAGCUCGUCAAGUACGUCUCGGCCGCGCACACGCGCAUCUGCUACUCGUCGGUCUCGCCGCUGCAGGAGGCCUGCGCCGUCGGCUUCGAGCGGGCCGAGUCGUUUGGCUUCUGGGACGAGACGAUCCGCGACAUGAGACGCAAGAUGGAUCGCUUCAACGAGGUCUGGGAUGAGCUCGGCAUGCCCUACUCGAAGCCCGACGGCGGCUACUUUGUGCUCGUCAACAUGAAGAAGAUCAAGGUGCCCGAGGACUACCCCUUCCCGCCCCACGUGGCGAGUCGGCCGCGCGACUUCAAGCUCGCCUGGUUCCUGAUCCAGGAGGUUGGCGUCGCCGCCAUCCCGCCGACCGAGUUCUACACGGACAAGAACGCCCACAUGGCCGAGGACUACAUCCGCUUCGCCGUUUGCAAGGAUGACGAGCUGCUCGAGGAGGCCAAGGCGCGGCUGAGGGGCUUGAAGAAGUAUAUUCAGGAGUAG